GCUAUAGGACCAAUAUUGGUGAUGGCUCAAUGUUUUUGUUUAAUGCCCGUACGUGGAAUACGUAGUCAAUCUGCAAAAGGUUUAUCAUUUAGCUGGUAUAGUUUUCGUACAUUCUAUUGUUUGCUUUAUAUGCUGACCACCAUACUGGAUACAAUGUUAACCGUCAAUAUGAUAGUCCAUAAAGAAUUGGAUGUGCGAAAUAUAGAACCAUAUUUUCACUUCUCCAUACUUUUGGCAUCGAUUGGAUUUUUACGUUUAGCUUCGAAAUGGCCUAAACUCAUGCGGCGCUGGCAGGAGGUGGAAGAACAAUUGCCCGCUUUUAAUAACUGGGUGGAAAAAGAGGAAUUGGCGACAAGGAUUAAAACUGUUACAUUUGUUUUGAUAACAUUAUCUUUAACUGAACAUUUGCUCAGCACUAUUUCAGCCAUACAUUUUGCCAACUAUUGUCCGUCUGCCAGUGAUCCCAUUGAAUCAUUUUUCCUUAAUGUUAUGGAUCAAAUCUUUUAUAUUUUCGAUUAUUCACCCUGGCUAGCUUGGUUGGGUAAAAUACAAAAUAUUCUCUUGACUUUUGGCUGGACAUAUAUGGAUGUUUUUGUUAUGAAUGUUGGCAUUGGAUUGUCAUCGAUGUUUAAACGUGUUCAGACGCAUAUGGAAAAUGUUCAGGGAUUGGAAAUGAGUGAGUCCUUUUGGGCGAAAUGUCGUUAUCAAUAUACUUUGAUUUGUGAUUUAAUCAAUGAAGUAGAUGCGGCAGUUUCUGGAAUUAUAAUGCUGUCAUUUGCUAAUAAUUUAUAUUUUGUUUGCAUACAGUGUUUGAAAAGUAUCAACAAAAUGCCUUCCGUAGCUCAUGCUAUAUAUUUCUAUUUCUCUCUAAUGUUUUUACUCUCACGUACCCUAGCCGUUUCUCUUUAUCUGGCCGAGGUCAAUGAUAGAUCACGCGAUCCUUUAACAGUAAUAAAACAAAUACCACCCGAUUGUUACUAUCCCGAAGUAGAACGUUUUGUUCUAGAGAUCAAUAUUAAUAAAGUGGCCAUGACGGGUAUGCAGUAUUUUGAUGUAACCCGGAAAUUGGUGUUAACGGUGGCUGGAACAAUUGUUACUUACGAACUGGUUUUAAUACAAUUUCAUGAAGAUCAAAAACUAUAUCAUUGUGGCACCGAUUAGUUUACUUUGUAUGUUUUUUUUUGUGGCAAAUAAAUAAAAUUGUUGUUGUGGUUAUAAACUUUAA